AACUUAUCACUUUGCUUCGACAAUAUGCGCCAAGCUUACGGAGGGCCCAAAUUGCCCGUAGAGCUACGGAAUCAGUUUGGAGAUCCCGCGAAUAGCAAUAAGAAGAGCGGUGCGCGUAAUGGGCAAUUAAACCGUAAAGACAAGCGCAAGGCCGACCGGGUGGAGAAGAAGCGCCAGAACAAACAAAUAAGGAAGCCACAUCCACUAUCAAUUCAAUCUCAAAGCAACAGGCGCCAUGCUCCUGUUCAGCCCGAGUCAGAGGACGAGGAGGAGGUCGAGGUAGAUUGGGACAACAUCGAGGAGGACUCAACUCCGCCGCCAGUGACCAAGAAGGACCCACCAAAAAGUAUCUUGAAGAAGAUGUUACCGCCAAACGAAGAGAACUCGCCGCCGCCGCCUGCCAAAGUAUCGCGUGCUGUGAAAGACAAGCUUGCGCAAGAUGAUGCGGAAAUUGCUGCGCUAGAGAAGAGGCUCGGCGUGAAGGGUAAAAAGAAAUCAAAGGCCCAAAAUGAUGGGGGGCUAGAUGAUAUCUUUGGCGACCUUGGCGACUUCAGCGACGAAGACGGGCUAGACAAUCAGCCUUCGAAAAGGAAGAGGGAUGAGGAUAAUGACUGGCUUGCGAGUAAGAGGCGCAAAGCCCUCGGCAACACCCAAGAAUCGAGUGAAGAGGACACCGAGUUGGAAGGCUUCGACUCCGAAGACCUAGAGAGUGACGACCAGAGCCUGGACGAGGCAGACUUCGACGAGGCCGACGACCUGGAGGGCCAAAACGAUGGAUCUGACCUUGAAGACUUCAAUUCUGAAGGAGACGGAGAGAGCGAAGAUGAGGUAGAACCUACGCAAACUCGGACACGUGAAAACCCAUAUGUUGCGCCGGUAGCUCCUGGGUCUACACAGCCGACGAAAUAUAUCCCGCCAGCUCUACGAGCGCCACCUUCCUCAGACGCCGAAGCCUUAUCGCGCCUCAAAAGACAGAUUCAGGGCCUCUUCAAUCGACUUUCGGAGGCUAAUAUCUUGACAAUCUUGCGCGACAUCGAAACGAUUUAUCAAAAUAAUCCUCGAGGUUAUGUCACCACCACUCUUGUUGAUCUGCUCAUUGGAAUGCUCUCAGAUCCCUCGGCUCUUCUGGACACCUUUUUAAAUCUACAUGCCGGAUUCAUUGCUGCCAUAUACAAAGUCAUCGGGCCCGAUUUUGGCGCACAGAUGGUGGAGCGUAUCGUCUCAGAGAUCGAUCAGCAUUAUCAGACGAACAAGGAGGGUGCUGGAAAGCAAACUACCAACCUGAUAUCCGCAGUAGCGGAGCUGUACACAUUUCAAGUUAUCGGUAGCAAUAUCGUUUUCGAUUACAUUCGGUUCUUCCUUGAUGAGCUCACAGAGAUCAACACCGAACUUCUCCUGAGGAUAGUCCGCGCAGCUGGCCCACAACUUCGACAGGAUGACCCUACAGCAUUGAAGGAUAUCGUCAUCCUACUGCAAAAGUCUGUGGCUAAGAUUGGUCAGGACAACUUACCAGUUCGGACGAAGUUCAUGAUCGAGACCAUCAAUGACCUCAAGAACAAUAAAAUGAAGACUGGUAUAGCCGCCUCGGCUAUAUCUAGAGAGCACACAACACGAAUGAAGAAGCAACUGGGCACGCUGAACACGCGAAAUCUCAAGGCGACCGAGCCACUACGGGUGGGUCUAAGCGAUAUAAGAGAUACGGAGAAAAAAGGCAAAUGGUGGUUAGUGGGCGCGAGUUGGCGAAACGAGCCCGGCACCGAAGCCUCCGUCGAAGAGAGCAAAGGGACAAGCCGCAAGAAGAUCGAUACCGAUGUCGAGGAAGACGAUAGCGAAGUCGAUCUUGUUCAGCUUGCUCGGGAGCACCGCAUGAACACCGACAUUCGUCGAGCCAUCUUCAUCUCCAUCAUGUCCGCCACUGAUUUCAAAGACGCCCAAAUACGACUCAGCAAGCUCAACCUAAAGAAAUCACAAGAAACCGAGAUUCCCAGGGUCAUCGUCCAUUGUGCGGGUGCCGAGAAGACAUAUAACCCGUACUACACUGUUCUCGCACGGAAGACUUGCUCCGACCACAAAGCUCGAAAAAGCUACCAGUUUGCGCUCUGGGAUUUAUUCAAGAGCCUGGGUGAGAGACAAGAUGGAGCUGAAGAUUCAGAUGGUGAUGAAGAGAGCAAGGGCAAUGAUGUGUCCUUGAGAAAACUUGUCAAUCAAGGCAAGCUCUAUGGGACGUUGAUAGCCAAGAAAGCUCUGCCCAUUACCAGCCUCAAGAACCUCAACUUCCCAUACCUACAGCCUAAAACCAAGACCUUUGUAGAGGUCCUCCUCGUAACAACGAUUCUGGAGUCGUUGAAGGCAUCCAGGACGAAGGAUAAGCGAGAUGAACGGGCAGUACGGGAGGUUUUUGUCGAGGUAGAUUCAGCCCCCGAGAUGAUCGCUGGGUUGCAAUUCUUCUUGAAAAAGACAGUGAGCAAAAGCGAUAUCGUUGAGGGCGCCGAAAAGGAGACUGUUCGAUGGGCUUGCAAGUCAAUCAUAGACAUGUUGAACCGCCCGCAUGGACCAAGCAGCCGAGCUCUCCGCAAAAAGCUCAACAGCCAUCUCCCGUCCCACCACCCAUCCAUUGACGCUUGUCAUCCCAGCCGUACACUUGACGGCUUCUCUUGGGCGACGCGGCCCGUCUCUCAAAGCACCUUCUGCGCAUCCAACAUCUACUUCCAGAGCCGGUUACGACGAGGUUAUGCGUCAGAAGCGGAGGAGAAGGACUUGGUCAUCAUCGGCGGCGGCGUUGCGGGCUAUGUCGCAGCGAUCAAAGCUGGGCAGGCCGGCUUGAAGGUCUCAUGUAUCGAGAAGCGUGGCACUCUCGGUGGAACUUGCCUAAACGUUGGCUGCAUCCCCUCGAAAUCGCUCCUUAACAACUCACACCUCUACCACACGGUCCUCCACGACACCAAGGGCCGUGGUAUCGAUGUUGGCGAGGUCAAGCUCAACCUGGCCGCCAUGAUGAAGGCCAAGGAUACCUCUGUAGCUGGUCUGACAAAGGGCAUCGAGUUCUUGUUGAAGAAGAACAACGUCGAGUACAUCAAGGGCACCGGCGCCUUCCAGGACGAGCACACUGUUGCCGUCAACCUUGUCGAGGGUGGUGAGACGACGGUCCGCGCCAAGAACAUCCUCAUUGCCACUGGUUCCGAGGCUACACCUUUCCCCGGCUUGACGAUUGAUGAACAGAAAGUUAUCACAAGCACUGGCGCUAUCGCGUUGCAGGAGGUGCCGAAGAAGAUGACCGUCAUUGGUGGUGGUAUCAUUGGGCUCGAGAUGGCUUCCGUUUGGUCGCGUCUCGGCUCCGAAGUCACUGUUGUUGAGUUUUUGGGUCAAAUCGGUGGCCCUGGCAUGGAUAACGAAAUCGCAAAGGCUUCCCAGAAGCUGCUCGCAAAGCAAGGCCUGAAGUUCAAGCUCAACACCAAGGUCACUGCUGGCGAGGUCCACGACGCUGGUGUGAAGGUCAGCGUUGAAGCCGCAAAAGGCGGGAAGGAAGAGACUCUUGAUGCCGACGUUGUUCUCGUCGCUAUCGGUCGCCGUCCGUACACCUCUGGCCUGGGUCUCGACAACAUCAGUCUUGAGACCGACGACAGAGGCCGCUUGAUCAUCGACCAGGAAUAUCGCACCAAGAUCCCCCACAUCCGCGCAAUCGGAGACUGCACAUUUGGACCUAUGCUUGCCCAUAAGGCCGAGGAGGAGGCCGUCGCUGCCAUCGAGUACAUUACCAAGGGCCACGGCCACGUCAAUUACGGUGCCAUUCCCUCCGUCAUGUAUACCCACCCUGAAGUUGCUUGGGUCGGACAGAAUGAGCAGGAGCUCAAGGCUGCGGGCGUCAAGUACAAGACUGGAACAUUCCCCUUCUCCGCCAAUUCAAGAGCCAAGACUAACCUCGACACCGACGGUAUGGUGAAAUUCCUGUCAGAUGCCCAGACGGAUCGGAUAUUGGGCAUUCAUAUCAUCGGUCCCAACGCUGGUGAGAUGAUUGCUGAGGGCACCCUUGCUCUUGAAUACGGUGCAAGCUCAGAGGAUGUUGCACGAACAUGUCACGCCCAUCCUACGCUCGCUGAGGCGUUCAAGGAGGCUGCCAUGGCUACCUACGACAAGGCUGUCCACUACUAGAUUCCGUUUUCUUGGUUUAGGCUUUUCCUUUUGCAUCAGCGGCAUGAUCUUCGAGCUCUCGAACGAGCGGGGAGUUUGUGAAUAGUAUUCUGUAAAAUAUAUCUGAUGCCUCAUGCUCGUCGAAUAAAUGGUUGGAUGCUGAUCAAGUAC